UUAGAAGGCGCAUCUCUCUCAGCUUUGGGAAUGUAUGGGAAGUGUUUUGAUGAGCCUACACGAGCCUUUCGACUCGUUAGCGGAGAGCAGCAGAAAGCCACAGGAAGCGUGUUCGACUCAGUUUUAUGCGGCGCUCGAAAGAGUAUUUAGUGAACGCAGAUCUCUGAGCAGGCUAAACUACUUUUCUACUGAGCUGAUGCUGUACAGCAAGUAGUGAAGAAAGUGUUAGCAGACGUUUGAACGAGUCACUUUAGCCGAGGAGUUUGGAAAAAAGUGAUAAAUCCUCUCCGUUCGCUGAUGUAGGACCAGCAUGUCUCGGAGGAAACAGGCGAACCCUCAGUGUGUCCACCUGGACUCGCAUCUCGCUGCUUCUGAACAUUUAGACUACCACAUAAAAAAUAUCAGCUCUCCGCCAUCCGAUGUCCAUGUCUGUGAAAGUUGCUGCGCUGAGUUCUUUACCCUGCCCGAUCUCCAAGAGCAUCAGAUGGGCUGCUUUAAGAACCCAUUAGUUCUGAUAGUGAGUGAAAAUGGAAGUCCAGCCUCUCCCUCUCCAUCUUUCACAUUUAGCUCACCUCCUCACAAUGUAGAAGAGCAGAUGAAUGACAGCAUCAGUAAUGAAGAUACAGAAGGACUACAUGACUUUUCAAAAGACAAAACACUAGAAGAAAACACGGAAUCAGCUCUCAUGUCUGUGGGCAGCAGCUCUCACAGUGCAAGCCACUCCCAGUCAGAUAGUGAAAUUGGCAUAGUAGAUGGAAGCACAAGCUCUGCCUCAAUGUACUCAUCAGGUUUGCCUCAAGCAGAUUCUCCUCCUGAAGUGGGUACAAUAUCAUCCACUAGCAGUAAUGUCUUCAUUGAGAAUUUGGAGAGCACAAAAGUGGCUGUAGCUCAGUUCUCUCAGGAGCUGUGUUUCAAUGCAGAAGUUAGCAGCAGCAGUCUUUCUGACUGCAACAUAGUCGUACCUGGUCUAAUCGAGCAACUUCUGGCUCUUCAGCAACAGCAGGUGGAGCAGCUGAAACUCAUUGAGCAAAUUCGACAUCAGAUAUUAUUGUUAGCAGCCCAGAAUACAGAUACAUCUGCACCUUCCUCCAGCAACUGUCAAGGUACAUCAGGGAUUUCGCAGACCAACCCGCUAAUAACACUCAGCUCCCAUCUCUCCCAGCAGCUAGCAGUAGCUGCAGGGUUAGCACAAAGCCUCGUGAGUCAGUCUGCCAGCAUUAGCAAUGUUAAACAACUUAAGCAUGCAGUCUUAUUUAGCGGCUAUGAUAGCGCUGCAAUGUUGAGGGGCAGUGACAUUUCUCAAAUUACAGAUAUGGAUGGAAGCAAACAUUUGAUACCAAGACUUGGCACUUAUCUGUCUAAAAACCAGUCUAUUUGUGAUGGUACCCUCUAUAGGCAGCAGAGUGGCACAAGUCAUCCACCUUCCCCUGCCUUAGCAACCGAUACUGCAUCAAAUCCAGCAAAUAAGCUCAGCCUACCUCAUGUUCCUGCUAGAAAUCAAAUCUUCGCUAAUACAAUACCAAGCAUUGGAACAAUUGUAGAAGACUUGAACGCCUUGACUGCUUUAGCUCAGCAACGGAAAGGCAAACUGCCCAAUAUGACUUCAUUUGAACACAAGAAGUCUUUUGAUGAAGGUUUGUUUAAGCACAAAUGCAGAUUUUGUGCCAAAAUAUUUGGAAGUGACAGUGCUUUACAGAUACACCUGCGAUCCCACACAGGCGAGAGACCAUACAAAUGUAACAUAUGCGGGAAUCGGUUUUCAACCCGCGGAAAUCUCAAAGUUCACUUCCAACGUCAUAAAGAGAAAUAUCCUAAUGUACAAAUGAAUCCUUUCCCAGUUCCAGAGCACUUAGAUAGUGUUCCAACAAGUACAGGCAUUCCAUAUGGUAUGUCUAUGCCGCCAGAUAAACCUGCCUCCAACUGGUUAGACAGCAAACCAUCUGUGACCAACUUACCUGCAUUGUUGUUCACCGGAUCUUUGCCAAGUCUUCCAAGCAUAAUUAAAAGAGAGGAGCAAGUGGUAUCAAUUACCAGGGCUCCUAGCCCUGUCAUUAGUGAUUCAAAUGGGUUUGAGACAUUUGAAAGAAGAAAUAACAAAGAGGAAUUCAGCAGUGACCUUUUUUCAACUUUAAAUGGAAAAUAUGAAGAGGUUAAAAAAUCCCUGAGCUUUGCAACAUGUAUGAACUCCUUAGGAGAUGGUUCAGGCGACCAUACCUUCAUUGACAAUGCCUCUAUGCAAACAAAUUCAGUGGCCCCACUACUGUCUGAGAAUUUCAAAUCAAAAUUUCCAUAUGGAGGUCUCCCUGAUUCUAUGGAAGCCUCAGAAACCACCAAGCUGCAGCAACUGGUAGAGAACAUAGACAAGAAGUGCACAGACCCCAAUGAAUGCAUCAUCUGUCACCGGGUACUCAGUUGCCAGAGUGCUCUUAAAAUGCACUACCGCACACAUACAGGUGAGAGGCCGUUCAAGUGCCGAAUAUGUGGACGAGCUUUCACUACCAAAGGAAACCUCAAAACACACUAUAGCAUCCAUCGUGCCAUACCUCCCCUGAGGGUACAGCACUCAUGCCCUAUAUGCCAAGAGAAGUUCACUAAUGCCAUGGUUUUACAACAGCACAUCCGCAUGCACAUGGUUGGAGAACUCCCCAAUAUUAUCUCCCCAGAAGAGUCCAUGGAACAUGAUACAUGCCCAGUAGAAAUAAAAAACCAGGAUGAUCAAGAGAACAUGUUUGAUGAAAACAUGGAUGUAACUGAAGGUGCAUCAGACUCUAAAGACACAUCUCCUCUGGACAGCCUGUGUUCAUCUCCUACUUCAUCACAGCCCACAAAGACAGCUGGGUCAGAGAGCCAGGUACUCAUUUCACAAGAGAAUGAUGUAUUAAAUGGUAGCUUAGUAUCUCCAAGUGAUGACCAUAUGAGCCAAAGACCUAGAAGCCCUGCUUUGUCUGAAGCUACAUCUUCCUGGGACUCUGAGAGCUCUGCAUUGGAUACUUACAGAUCGCUUACAUCUGAGACAAACCAAAAAGUGUCCUCUCUAGAGACUGGCCUCUUACAGCCAGACUAUACACUUGAUUCAACACCUGCUGAUAUCUUAAAGGAUGGAAUGACCAUGAUCUUCCAUGAACAUGGAACCCCUAAGAGCAAUGCAUGUGAUAUCUGCAAAAAGAACUUUGCCUGUCAGAGUGCCUUGGACAUCCACUAUCGCAGCCAUACCAAAGAGCGACCAUUCAUAUGCACUGCAUGUAACAGAGGAUUUUCUACCAAAGGUAACCUAAAGCAGCACAUGCUCACACAUCAGAUGCGGGACGUACCUUCACGGUUAUUUGAGGCAGCGAGCCAGAAUCUUAUUUCUCCACCAAACCCACCCCAUCCUUCUAUAGGCCACUUAAUUUCUUCAAAAAUAAAGCUGGAAGUUAGCAGCAUCUUGAAUAAAGAUGGCAAAGAUUCAGGAUUUGGCAUGGCAGUCUCCACUCCCUCACUGCCAGUUCUUUCAGCACCACUGCCUCCAACACGGCGAACCCCCAAACAGCAUUUCUGCCACACUUGUGGGAAGACUUUCUCUUCUUCUAGUGCUUUGCAGAUUCAUGAGAGGACCCACACUGGAGAGAAACCUUUUGCCUGCACCAUUUGUGGACGUGCAUUCACCACCAAAGGAAAUCUAAAGGUUCAUAUGGGAACCCAUAUGUGGAAUAGUUCUCCAGCCCGACGAGGUCGCCGGCUCUCUGUAGAUGGUCCUUUAACAUUCCUUAAAUCCAAUUCUGUGAAAGUUCCAGAGACAAUCCCAAAAGCUGCCAUAGCCAGGGUCAGCAGUGGGGAGUCCAUCAGCCUCUGGAGCCAGUAUGCCACAGCAGCUCUCACUAAUGGCUUAGCAAUGAAAACCAAUGAAAUCUCUGUGAUUCAGAAUGGAGGCACACCACACCUGUCAGUUUCUGUUGGCCAUGGAGGAAACUCACCUAUUGGUGGACUGACAGGAAGUCUGGAGAAACUACACAAUGUAGAAACAAAAAGAGCUCUCCCUUGGCUUGAGAGCCUUGGUGAGAAUGGGACGUUGGGAAGUUUUCACCUUACACAGUUGAUUGAAGACAGUAAAACCGAUUAAUAUUUUAUACUUCUCUUUAGUGAGGAGAAAAAAACCUGGUGAUCCCAUUAGAAUAUAUUUUGUUAUUUUCAUAAAAAUCUAUCAUAUUUAAAAAUGAUCAA